AUGGCAUAUGCUGGGAGGGAAUCGUUUUCCGGUUUGAGGCUUGACACGAGGUUCGCUAGAGAUCAGCCUCCUAGCACAAAUAAUCGAUAUGGAGAGGAACAGUUCUCGGGGCGAGAAGCCUCGCUCAAGGGACAAAAGGAUGGUGAAGAAAAUCCGGUGAUAGAUAAGCUUCAUACAGCGACACCUCCGAUGCAAGUUCCUCGGUCGGAUGAUAAUAAAAUUAAGGACUUUGACUCGGAGAUGAGCUAUUCUCAUCGUCCAGAAGAAUUUCGACGGUCAUUUGAGGCCUUUUUGCAUUCAGAUCAAUCGCUGCCCGAGGGCAAGCCAAACGAAGGCAGCCUCCCAGAAUUCGGUCUAAGAUCGAUACAAAAACCCCGGCCGUCUGCACUACGUAGGGUUCAAAUCCUAGAUUAUGACAGCCCCCACACAAAAGAGUCGAAUGGUGAAACUGAUGAGUCGCGGCAAGUCACGUCUCCAGACAGCGGCAUAUCUUUCACUUCUAGGAGGAAUGAAAAUGCAAAUUCAGCUAUUGAUACGGAUCAGCCUACGUCACUCACCUCGGUAUCGACAAUGUCUCCAUUAGAGGAGGUACGGACACCUUAUGAAUAUCCACGUGAAGGUCCCAGGGAUAUGUUGCUUUCACCAUUGUCUUCAUCCCCUCUUGUUCAACGAGCUGCCUCCCUUGACGACCCCAAUCUGUGGUCUACAGGCGUAGCAGGAUCCUAUAACGGCAAACCACGCAGUUACACAAUUGAUAGACACAAUAGUUGGAGACAGACGAUGCGCCAACAACGUUCUCGUCCAUCUACCGGAUCUAGUGGCAAAUCACCAGCAAGAGCUUUUCUGUCUAUGUGGAGCUCUCCUGAGGAAGUCAUAGCACCUCAACCUGAUGACGAGGGCCAGAUGGUGGGCACAGACUACGUUCUUGGCAAACAAAUCGGAUUCGGUGGCUUUAGUACGGUCAAAGAAGCAUAUAAAGUUGGGGCCGAUGGCUCUACCAGGCGGCUCGCGGUGAAGAUUGUAAGGAAGCAUGUUAGCGGCAAAAAUGAGAGAGAGAACGAUCAGGUACAAGCCGAAUUCGAUCAUGAAGUUCGAAUUUGGCGACAGCUGAAUCACCACCAUAUCCUAUCACUGGAAGCAGUGUAUGAAACAGACUAUGCUACGUUCUGUUUUACAAAGCUCUUUAUCGGCGGAACACUCUUUGAUUUGAUUAAAGCCAAUCGGGGUGGUCUAGACAUGAAGCUCGCUAGAAAAUACUCAUAUCAGCUGGCUUCUGCUCUUCGAUAUUUGCACGAAGACAUGCGAGUUGUACAUCGGGAUAUCAAGCUUGAGAACUGUUUACUAGAUCCCGAAAUGUCCGAAGAUGGUACAGAGGGUGCCAAACUUGUACUUUGCGACUUUGGUAUGGCUGAAUGGAUGGCCAACGACACCAGCAGCGAGUCUUUGGACACGUAUGACAAUCCUGCUGAUCGACCUCCACGCCAAAACAUUGGACCCAGUGGUUCUAGCACAAGCGUCGCGGGAAGCUUAGAAUAUGCGUCACCAGAACUCCUUCUCUCGUCCACGGGCUUGAUCGAUCCGGUGGUUGAUAUAUGGGCGCUCGGCGUCGUCAUCUAUGCGACGUUAGUAGGGUCUCGUCCAUUUCAGCACGGAUUUGGUCCACGAUUACAUGCCAGCAUUAUCAAAGGUGAAUGGAAUCACGACGCCGUUCCUGCAGGCCACGAAGAUGACCCCAGCUAUCAGGAAGCUUUGGAUUUGAUAUGUCACUGUCUUGACAAAGACACGGCCUCUCGGUGGACCAUACGACAGGUUCUUGGAUGCAAUUGGUUCUCGACUCUCACCGAGUCUUCGGAUGAACAUCUCGAUGAGCGGUCAUGGCGACUAUAG